AUGGCAGAAGAGCUCCGGCACUCAGCGCGGCGCCUGAACGCAGAUGAGCUCUGGCACUGCAUCCAGAGGAAGUUCGAAGCCCUUCGCCGUCGUCCGGGCUACUUCACCCGCCUGGCGGACUCGAUGACGCGAAGGCUCCGGGAGGUGAUCGACGCCGAGGGAAGCUGGACACGGCAGCGGUAUCGGCGGGAGCAGCAGGCGGCAAGGCGGCAGCUGCAGUCGCAGGCCAACAGGCCCUGCCUGGAGCCUAAGCAGCAGGAGCAGCCGCCUCCACAGCAGCUGCCGCCGCCUCAGCAGCCGGAGCCGGGGCGGAGCGGGAUGCUUCGGCUGGCACGCAGUCCGGGCCCGAGCCCGCCCUCGUCGUCGGAGCCACCAAAGCUGAAGCUGCCAGGCCUGGAAACGGCGGCAGCACCGGAGCUGGAGCCGUCAGCAGCCCUGGAGACGGAGGCAGCCUCAGAGCCAGCGGCAGCACCGGAGCUGGAGCCGUCAGCAGCCCUUGAGACGGAGGCAGCCUCAGAGCCAGCGGCAGCACCGGAGCUGGAGCCGUCAGCAGCCCUGGAGACGGAGGCAUCCUCAAAGCCAGCGGCAGCACCGGAGCUGGAGCCGGCCGAGCCGGCCGCCAUCAGGGAGCAGGAGCAGCCGCCUCCACAGCAGCUGCCGCCGCCUCAGCAGCCGGAGCCGGGGCGGAGCGGGAUACUUCGGCUGGCACGCAGUCCGGGCCCGAGCCCGCCGGGACCUAGCGGCACGGCCGCUGCCAUCGAGCAGCCGCCCACCGCUUUGGCGCCGGUCAUCCCGAUCCCGAUGUCGGAGGACGGUCAGGCGUUCUCCUGGUUCACCAUGGCCAACAAGACCCUGGGCACGUACGGGGCGGCGUUGGUCGUGGUGACCAAGACUGUCCAGGAGGCGCUGACCUACUUUGUCCAGCACCUCUGGCAUCUCAUUGUUGCUGAGCUUCCCAAAUACGCCGACUCCCAGAGGCUGCUGGUGGCUGCUCGGACCAGCACCGCUGUUCUGGACCGGGCGCUGAAAGCGGCCGCCGAUGUCGUUGGCGGCGUGGCGCCGCACCUGGUCGUCCGGUUCAAGAACAGCAUGAACCGGGCGUUCCACAACAUCGAGGACCGGGAACUGCGGGAAUCUGGCGCGCUCACCCAGAGCGCCGAGUUUGUUGUUUGUUGA